CCUCCAUGGGGCCACGGCCCGCACAUGAGCCCUGAGGACACGGCCAUGGCUGAGGGCAGCGAGCUGACGAACAGGCUCGUGAGCGAGAACGCGGACCUCAAGAAGCAGGUGCGCCUCAUGAAGGAGAACCAGAUGCUGAAGCGGCUGCUCAGUGAGAGCUGCCAGGAGAGCUGCGGGCGCGGGGGCCGCGGCCUGCUCAUCCCCAAGGCGCCUGCCUGCCCCGAGGCCUGCUCCGCUGGCAGUGCAGAUUUUGGAAGGUUCAACAGUGGCCCUGAUGCACCCUCCCAGCUGCAGGCGUCCUCCCUGGAGGACCUGCUGUGCUCACACACCCCCCUCUCCAGCGAGGACGAUGCCUCCCCGGGCUGUGCGACCUCCUCCCCGGCGCCCUUCAAGGCUUUCCUCAGCUCCCCGGAGCUGUCUGCACCCCACAGCUCUGACUGGAAGCUGUCCCCGCUCCUGAGUCCCUUGCAGGACCCGCUGGCGGACAAGACCCUGCUGGAGCCCAGGGAGGUGGGCCGGCCCAAGAAGGUGUGCUUCUUGGAGAGCAGUCUGCCCUCCGGGGACAGGACCAGGAGGAGCUACUACCUUAACGAGAUCCAGAGCUUUGCCGGCACCGAGAAGGAUGGGCGCAUCGUUGGGGAGAUCGCCUUCCAGCUGGACCGGCGCAUCCUGGCCUACAUCUUCCCAGGGGUGACCCGGCUCUAUGGCUUCACUGUGUCCAACAUCCCUGACAAGAUCAAGCAGACGUCCGUCAAGCCCCUGGACGGCUCCGUGGAUGAGAAGAGGCGGCGGGAGCUGACGCACCGCUUCCUGACGCUGACGGCGCGCCUGGAGAGGCUGGGCUACAGCCGCCACGUGCACCCCGCGUUCAGCGAGUUCCUCAUCAACACCUACGGCAUCCUGAAGCAGCGGCCCGACCUGCGCGCCAACCCGCUGCACAGCAGCCCGGCCGCCCUGCGCAAGCUGGUCAUCGACGUCGUGCCCCCCAAGUUCCUGGGCGACUCGCUGCUGCUGCUCAACUGCCUGUGCGAGCUCUCCAAGGAGGACAGCCGCCCGCUCUUCGCCUGGUGAACCCGCCGACCCGCGCCUCCCUGCAAUAAACGCGUGCUGCAACCCGGGCGCCGCGCUCCUCGUCCGCUCCCCGGAGGGCGCGCUGAGGGCGCCGGGGCCCGGUGCGCCGCCGGCCGGCGCCCGGCCGCCCGCCCCGCCGCCCACACCUGCGCGGCGAGUCGCACUCUAUUAAAAGUCGUCUGUUUGCUGUUC